GAAGAGUAGCUACUAGUACUAGUAAUAAUCCACAAAUUGUUUGUCUUCCCUACCCCUUCCGCUUUCCCUCCACACGAACUCAAUUCUCCCUUCCCUCCUUUUUAUGUAUUUUCCCUCAUCGGAUCCCCAUUUUUUCUUCUUCCUGGAACUGCUGCAACACCAUUCUUUUGCCUUGCCCCAACUUUUGUUCGCACCUUUCUCUUGUCCUUAGCACCGGACAAAUUACCGCCAAAUCUGUAUUGUUUUUACCUGUAAAAUUUACAGGAAUAAGAAGAAUGUCCGGGGGAGGAGGAGAGGCGUUGAUUCGACCUUGCUCAUCGUCGUCUGUGGGGAAGGAAAGAGGAGGACAAGUGCAAGUGCAAGUGCACAAACCAUUCGCAUCCAGCAAGCCAGCCUUUGCCCCUUGUCAAGAUUACCAUCAUUUUCUCGACCCCUGUCACUUGACGGACAAAGUCUCCUUUAGUGCCGUGAACGAUAACACUGACAUGUUUGGCAUCACUUUGCCGGCAAAGAGAAGGGCUGAAACAGAAGAGGAGCAUGAAAUAGAUUCCAAUGAAUGGGCAAGAAGCCCCGGAUAUGCAGAGGCAGUAAAUAGUCCCAUACUUACACCUGUUUCAGGCACAGGUGGCAGACGAUAUAGCCGGUCAAAGCUUGCUAAGAGUAUGAAAACUGGUCCUCAGACACCUAGGUCAAACAUUGGUUCUCCUUCUAGCAAUGUGCACACUCCGGUCAGUACCUGUCGCUAUGACAGUUCUCUUGGAUUAUUGACAAAGAAAUUCAUUAGUUUGAUCAAGAAGGCAGAUGAUGGUGUGCUUGAUCUCAACAAAGCUGCAGAUACUUUGGAUGUUCAAAAAAGAAGAAUAUAUGACAUAACAAAUGUUCUUGAGGGAAUUGGACUUAUUGAGAAAAAGCUGAAGAAUAGAAUACGAUGGAAGGGCCUUGGUGUUUCAAGACCUGGAGAUAUUAAUGACGAAGUGACAUCCCUUAAGGCUGAUGUUGAUAAUCUAUAUUCUGAAGAGAACAAAUUAGAUGAACGGAUAAGAGAAAUGCGGGAGAAGUUAAGAAUACUCAGUGAGAAUGAGAAUAAUCAAAAGUGGCUCUAUGUUACAGAGGAAGAUAUUAAGAGCCUACCCUGCUUUCAGAAUGAAACUCUUAUAGCAAUUAAGGCUCCUCAUGGAACAACCCUUGAAGUUCCUGACCCUGAUGAGGAUGUUGACUAUCCACGAAGGCAUUAUCAGAUAAUAUUGCAAAGCACGAUGGGGCCAAUUGAUGUUUAUUUAGUGAGUCGAUUUCAAGGGAAGUUUGAAGAGAUGAAUCCAGGUGACAUGCCAAUUGUACCUUCCUCAGCAAUUCGUUGUCCUGUGGGAAAUACAUCGAUGUCAGUGCUCCAUGAAGCUGAGGUAGAGCAGCGAGGUCAGGAUAUGCAGUGUUCAGAGCUAAGUAGUGCUCAAGACAAUGGUGGAAUCACAAGGAUAAUUCCAUCAGAUGUCAACACGGACACUGAUUAUUGGCUUCUGUCAGACCCUGGAGUUGGUCUAACAGACAUUUGGAGAACUGAAUCAAAUAUAUGGGAAGAGGUCGGGAAGUACAAUACCUCAGAGUUUGGUUUUGGUGAGGAUGGUUCUACACGGCCGCAUACUCCUCCAACCAGUAGUACAGAGGUUGCAUCAAUGACUAGGUCUUAGCAUAAUAUUUGUCAGAUAAAGGUGAGCAGAGUGGAGCUUGGCUAAUCCAUGUAUUUUGGCUGGGCCACCUGCAAUUUGUAAAUUAAUUCAAAGCUGUUGUUACAUUAGUUUUCUUACCAUUUCCAAGCUCAUCAUCUGAAUAUAAGUGUCGUAGGUGUCCAACCAAUUAUGGAAAGCCUUUAGCUGUUUCCUGAGUUUAUGUGGAGCAGCUAUGCAUCUUAACAGGUCGUUAACAGCAAUUGUUGAGGCUUUGGGAAAUAAAAAUGAAGUUGAUAAAUGAAGACUGCCACACCUACAACUUUUAAGCCUGUGGUCAGUUAAUGUUUUUCUUUUUUCUUGGCAGUCCUUUAAGUGAGAUUAUGGGUUUCCUUCAAUGCAGUGUGGGGAAGCUUAGGCCAUAUUAUAUUAUUUUUGAGUUUAAUUUAAAUUUUGGUCUCCCAUUUCUUGAUUA